AAUUUCCUGAUCGGGAUUUUCGGAUAUUAUCGUUGUAGUCAAAAAAAUCAAUUGGAAAAUGAACAACCACGUUGAACAUGCCGAUAUUGCUCUCCAUUUAGCUGGCAACAAGACCAUAGAUUUAUCAAAGUUGUCAGAGAAAGAAAGAUGGAAAAUAGAGCACCAAAGAUUACAUGAGAAGCAUCGUGGCCAUGAGGCUAUGCAUGCCGAGAUGGUCCUUAUACUAAUAGCGACUCUUGUUGUUGCACAGAUAUUGUUAGUCCAGUGGAAACAGAGAUACUUCAGGUCUUAUCAGAGAGCCACAUUGAUUGGAAUGUGGAUAAUUCCUGUAGGAUUUUGUUUGAAGUUUGGUUGGACGAGGUUUAUAGUUGUGUGGGCUAUUUUCUCAGUCAUUACCGCCUAUAUUGUGUUCAAAUCUACACGGAAACCUUUAGAAGGAAGAACACCAAGGCUUGUAUAUAAAUGGUUUCUGCUCAUCUACAAAAUCAGUUAUGGCUCAGGAAUUCUGGGAUACAUGGUCAUAAUGUUAACAAUGCUGGGCGUUAACAUGUUAUUCUUGAUCAAACCACAGUAUUCUAUGGAUUUUGGUCUAUUAAUAAUGUUUUAUGGCCUCUAUUUUGGAGUGGUGUCGAGGGAUUUUGCAGAAGUUUGUAGUGAUACCAUGGCAGCUCAUAUAGGGUAUUAUACAGUAACGGGUUUGCCUGGGAAAAGGUUGGAUCCGAAUAUCUGUGCAGUAUGUGGUAAUCAAAUAUUAGUUACAAAUAAUGAAGAUGCAAUAAUAGAAACAACCUGUAAACUACAGUGUGACCAUGUAUUUCACGAGUUUUGUAUACGAGGCUGGUGCAUUGUGGGAAAGAAGCAGACGUGUCCCUACUGCAAAGAGAAAGUUGAUCUGAAGCGGAUGUUCCCAAGUCCAUGGGAUAGACCACAUAUGAUGUAUGGAAAUUUCCUCGAUUGGAUUAGAUAUUUAGUUGCCUGGCAACCAGUUAUAAUCAUGUUAGUUCAGGGAAUUAAUUGGAGCUUGGGGUUAGAAUAAGUAAAAUGCAUAAUAGUUAUAUAUUUAUUGAAUCCAAUGAAACAAAAUUGACAAAAAGCCAUGAUCAAUGAAUGUGAUAUUGUAUAGGGAAACAAAGUUACAAGAGUCCCACCUCUAGGUCUGUGUAUUAUUGUAAGUUUGAUGUGAAAUAUAUCUGUUAGAAUAUGUUUUAAAGAUAGAAUGUAUGUUGUGUAAAGUUACCGAUAAUGAAGAGAGUUUUGUUAUGUAAGUUUAAUAAGAAAGUUUUUGUCAGUUGAAAUGUGAUUGCAGCAAGGCAGCAAAA